AUGACUAUCGCGGCUCUCGCACCGCACGCUGCGUUUGACCCUGAGCCUCACUACGGCGAUGGCGACGACAACGCCUUGUACAAUCUGUUUGCGACAUGGCCAGAGAACUAUUUCAGCAGCCUUCCUAAGCCACACGGUAAUCGAGGAAUUGAUGAGCCCUAUUGGGAAUUGCGGCAGUCACAAAUCUUCCUAGACGACUGGUUCCGCGGCCAUGGCGCCCGGCGCUUGUUCACUUCGUUCAUUCCUGGUCCCGACAAUCUUGAGAGAGCCCGCAUACGAGAGCAGGUAAAGCAGGCAAAUUUAGAUGAUGUGGAGCAGCGCAACGAGAACCAAGCCAAGUUGGACAAAGCAGUCGCACUCGAACUGGCCCAUCAUUGCCCGACGCUUGCUGUGGAGCGGGUUGCUCCGGGCGCCAAUGACUUGUUAUCAGCGGCCGUGCCAACGUCACCAUUGACACCGCCAACGCUGCCUCCGCCAACGCGGCAGGAGGAAUACGAGGAAUGGGAUGGUCUAUCUGACACGGGGUCUCCCAGUCAAGAUGCCUUGAUACCUAUCCCCAACCCGCCAAUGCCUGGCCCUGCCGCGGUAUCGAUUGAGGCCCUGCAAUCCCACGUCAACGAAUUCGCGAAAGAAAAUGGAUUUGGCGUUAUCAGGCGCAAUGGUUCCGGCAGUCGAGUGCGGAAGACCAGAUAUGUAUUCCAGUGCGAUCGAUAUGGCGAGCCCCGUACAUCAAGUAGCGCAGGUCUCCGCCAAAGGCGGUCGCGCAAGUGUGGUUGUAAGUGGAAAGUUAUUGCCGAGGCCCUGGAACAGAACGACUACAUGUGGACUCUGCGGGCGUUUGCCGACCCUCAGCACAGCCAGCACAACCACGACCAUAGCAUGAGUCUCUCGGCGCACCCAGUCCACCGGCGACUUACUGACUCUGUCAAAGCAACAAUUGAAGCGACAAGCCGACGCGUUGGGAUCAGGGCGCGCGAUGUGCGUGGCAUCGUUCAACAAAAGCAUCUCGGAACGCACUACACGAGAAAGGACAUAUACAACGCCCGGGCACGCUUGCAGGGGCAUUCCAUACAUCGUCAAGUGGUCAACGACGGAGCCCGACCGCCUUGUUGGUCUGCUGUGGACCUUCCCAUAUUGUCUCCGAAUGUGGAAGCGAUUUCCGGAAACAAUGAGCUUCGACAACACAUACAAUACAAACCGCUUCAAGCUACCGCUCUUCCAGGUGACCGGGCAGACCUACCUGAAGUCCAUCUACAACGCCGCAUUCGGUUUGAUCGACAACGAGAGACGGGAAGGCUUCCAAUUCCUCGCGGAAGGGGCCAAAGAAAUAACCGACAGGCAUGGGAUCCCGACGCAUUGGAUAGCCAGUAUCCCGACAGCCAGCAACAGCUAUGUAUCCACCAUAUCAACGCAAACGUUCUUCUCAAUGCGAAACGGAAGUGGAAGGACGCAAAGGAACAUGGCGAAAGCGACGGUGGUGGUAGCUCUUGCAGUGAACAGACGCGGGUAGCGUUGACUCCCAGGGAUAUGGAAGCUGUGCUUGCGGCUGGGAGACAGGAGGGCCCCGUGCCCAAGAGAAACGAGGCUGCGCCUGUGCCGCACAACUACCGUGGCGUCCUCGAGCUGUGGAAGUUUGUUGCGUUUGCCGAGACAAAAGAAGGGCACGAAAAUGCCUGGGCGCGGCUAUGUGACGAGUUCAACGAACAGCAAGGCAUACUCAUGUACCUUUACAGGACAUACCUGCCCAUACGAGCGCAGUGGGCACAAUGCUUCAUCAAGAAGUACCGGAAUUUCGGGGUUCGGGUGACUUCUGGCACCGAGGCCAGCAACAACAAUGUCAAGAGUUACUUGCUCAAUGGGAUGAGCAACUUGUACUCGCUGGUCGAGGCCAUUGAGGCUAUACGAGGUGCUGACCUCUGGUAUGUAUUCUGGGUCCGGUUCGGAGUAUCUGGGAGAGCUUCGCACCGUGAUGUCAGAGCCGGGACUCAAGCUUGUUACCAAAGAACACCGUCGCGCUUUGAGAUCGAUACCAAGCAGGUCACGACCUUGGCCAGAGCCGAUCGGGGAUUGCAACGAGGCUUGUUCCGUCUCGUGGCAGCUGGGAAUUCCUUGCAGCCAUACAAUCUACAACAAAUUAGAAGUCGGCACGCCCUUGGCGAAAUGGGAUGUUCACCCUCGGUGGCACCUUAG